AAACUAAAUUUAUGGGCAAAUAUAAGGAUUUAUUACUUAGUUAUGACAUAAAAAUUCAAUAUGCUUACUCCAAACAUGGUAUAGCUAUUGCUGAACGUGACUAUCAAGAAUUUGAAAAGCAUGCUUAUUUUUGGCAAGAUACUAUAGAUUUUUAUUUACCUUUAUUUAAAAG